AUUGCGUUAGUCAUAACACUUAUGCGAGUAGGUUUCGUGUUCAUUUGGUCAUAUCGUAAGCGCUGGCCGCUGUUAAAACUAUGAUCUAUCUAUACACGAUGUCGGAAUUACUGACCUAAACUGAGUGUUUCUGUGAUGUACGGUGAAGCCGAAGCGUAUCAGCCUUGGGCUGAUUAUGAGCAAGGCGAUCCUUCACUUUAUGGGAAUCAGCCUGUAAACAUGGACCCGCGGAUGACUCGACACUGUCACAGCGUCGAUAACGAGCUGGAUGAUAUGGAGAUGGAGGGUUUUAGCGUGAGUCCAAGACUAGCAGCAAGCAGGAAUCACUAUCGUGGAAGGAGACGCAAGGUAUCGCAAGGUAUUUCUAUGGAAUCUAUGAUGGGAUUCGACGGAUAUAUAGACAAUCCAUAUCAGUAUGGAACUUUGCCGCAAAGUGCGUACUACCCAGCAGUGGUCGACCCUAGGUACUAUCACGUGCAUUAUGGCCCGCCACAGGGGUACAUACCACCCCAACCGCCAUACCCAUGGAGGCAACCGCCACCAGAGGCCUACAUCCCUCCAGACCACGGCAUGCUUGGUAUUCCAAUACCCCUGCGGAGACCACCGAUAAGGAGCCAACGGCGCUUUAACCCGCAGGCUCCCAGGGUACCCACCGGCCCACGUCGUAUUGACAGACCAAAAUCUGUUCCAGGACUUCUGAAUGACGAGGAUGAGGCAGACGAAGAGGUCUAUCAGCGGCGCCGCUCGGCUGAUGGCAUGGUGCCGACGAUUCCGAGUGGCGGCCUCUCGCCUGUUCAUAGAUAUAUCUCUUCAGCAAGACUCCCCGCAUCGUUCCAGCAACGGAGGAGUGGUGCAGUGCAGCCGCCGUUUCCGAGGGAUUAUGAAAUGGGAGGGGGAAAUGGUGGUUUUAGCGAUGGUGACUUUGGAGGCUAUGGAUGUCAUCCGAGGGACAAGUCUAUUGCUUCCAGUAUGACUUCAGUGUUUACAGAGGCGUUCAGAGAUGAGUCAAGUCGGUCCCUAAGCGCGGGUGGUACACCUGAUAGUACCCACUCGCGCUCGAAGUAUGUCGCCAAAGAGACAGAUGUUGAUAUUGACGAAAGCAUUAUGUUUGACGCUAGAAAUGAUCGCGUGGAAAAGGGUCGGAGAUUAGCAUCGCAGUCAAAUAGCCCAACAGAGUCGGAACCAAACGAUCCUAAAUUAGUUACUAAUGAACUGGAAAGAAAUUACUAUGAAAGUGCGCAAAUCAAUAGGUUUUUAUUGAUAGACAAAACAGAUUUUAAUAAUUCUUCUUCGGAUCACUUCUCUGAUAAAGGUGCCAGCGAUAUCGAGGACAACAAACUUGACAAGGUAAACUCAAAUAAACCCACGGUGACACAAGUACAGGUACACAAUGAAACAGUACCAAUUCCCGUUUCUCUUAAAACUCGCCCGAUUUUUAACAAAGAGAAUCUGUCUAGAAAGAAAUCAAAAUCAUUAGAUGACAUCCACGAAGAAAUCAAAUUUGAACAGCUUAUAAGAAGGGCUAGAUCUGAAUCGUGUCCCCCAGAGGAAAACAUGUCGAAAACAAGCAUUGAUAUUCCAGUAAAAGCAAAGACUGUUAACCAGGACACUUUAGAUGAUGAAGACAAUGAUUUCAUUGAUAGAAACACUGAAAGAAUUAGGGAAUGGGCGGAGAAAGUUGAGAGUACCAUGCUAACAGAACAGCUUCCAUCACCGGUUGAUCCUUUUGAAUUCACACGGCAUGGAUCCGCCUUCUCUACUUCAUCUGCAAGCACGGUGCAGCAAACGCGAUAUACGGUAGAACAAGCACCUAAAACGCAAGCGCGAAUAGAUGACCAAGUCGAUAUAUGUAGGAAUAUAUAUUCAUGCUCUGCAAAAUGGCUAGUCUCAAUUAUUCUGGCACUGCUGCUUUUAUUUUGUGUCACAGCGAACAAGAUUUGUCUUUUGAUCAUUGGACAUGAAUACUCAACUCUGUCAAAGAACCUGACUCUGGCAAACUCGACGAUGCCAGGAUAUAGCAAAGAAGGCCACAAAAAAGAGGCAAUAUUUCUUAUUCUAGUGCUUAUAAUGAUGAUUCCCCAAGGUUACUCGUUGUUAUAUGGGAUAUGGGAUAGACGCAGAAGUAAUCCGUGGCCAAGGCCAUCAGCCAUCAGAUGGAUACUCGCAGGCGGUCUUGUGGAGACUUCGUGUCUGUGUUUUCUGACCAUAUGUGCGCCCACUGUAUUAGAGGUACCACCGGACUUAUUAGUACUCCUCUUGUCCACGCUGUUUUUUGCGCCAACUGUAUGGCAGGUCCAUAAGAUGCGCAAACGAUGGGGAACCAAGGCUGGCAAGAUACAGACCUUGAUAUUUGGCGUGUCUGCAGCCUUGCAGUUAGUAGGGCUUAUUGUGCUGAUCAACACUGACAGAAUCACCCGAAUAGAAGCAAAGAUCGCCGUGCCCAUUUCACUUGUCCUACUUUCCGUUGCCUGGUCACCAAAGAUUCGUAAACUUCAAACAAAACCACGACUAAGCGCACAGCAGAGACAAAUAAUUGCUGCGCAAUCCGCCAAUAGCCUGUCGCGAGCAGAGGGUGGCUCUGCGACACUGAAGAUAAGGAAAAAAUCUGCUCGAGCUAAAGCUGCACUGAUCAUGUCCGUAGUGAAAGUAGCCAUAACACCGUUAAUCAGCAUUCUUUUCUGUUCAGUCUUCAAAGUAGCUGAUAUUACUCAACUAGGGGCCGGACUUACUGCCAUCUCUGGCACAAGUUCUUAUAUGUACUUUUUGGUGCAGAUAUUUAGCACGUUUGCUGGGUAUCAUCUUGCUUGGCUUGCUUGCGCAAUGUGCGUGCAGAAAAUCGGUUUUGCUCUACCCCUCACUCUCGCCACGCCUUUCGCUUUUGUGAUAGUGCAAGUCCAGGGGAUUUGCGGGACAUCUGUUAUACCCGUUCCCUGUGGACCAACGGACAACAUGAAAUAUGUAGUAGCUGUUGGCUUAUUUAUAUGGGUUGGACAGUUUAUAUCGACUGGCUACUACGUUUGGAAGAGUAAUGGAUAUAUCAUGGGCAAGGCGAAUCAUUUAUUCUGGCUGCCUUCUUACAAUGGACCAUUACUCGAGCCCAACCUCCUGCUAAAUCGACGUAACCAGGUAACUGACGACGAUCACGUGUCACAAGCAAGGCUAUCACGUGAUACGUAUGUGUUUAUCUGCACAACAAUGUACCACGAGGAGGAUUACGAAAUGGAGCAGCUGCUGAACUCUCUGCACGACGUCGACUCGGCGAGUAAGCAGGCAGGUCGACACAUAGAGUCGCAUGUCUUUUUUGAUGGCUGCAUCAAGGCGGAGAAGAUGAACUCUUACAUCCUUCAGCUCGUGUCGCUGGUUGAGACGAGUCUCAAGGUUCAGAUGAAGGCGUGCGUUAAGGUCAAGACCCCGUAUGGAAUGCAGCUGCGGUGGAAGUUACCAGGAGGCAUGCCGUUCACGGUACAUCUCAAGGAUAACACCAAGGUGAAAAACAAGAAGCGAUGGAGUCAAGUUAUGUACAUGUCUUAUGUUCUUGAUCACAAGCAAAAAAUCCUCGGUGUCCGUGACGAUCAAACGUUUAUCUUGACAACUGACGCAGAUGUUAAUUUCAAGCACGAUUCGAUGGAAGCUUUGAUCGACUACAUGCUCCAGGAUGAGACAAUAGGUGCCGUGUGUGGCAGGACACACCCCAUGGGAAAGGGACCACUUGUAUGGUAUCAGAUAUUCGACUACGCCAUCGGUCAUUGGUUCAUGAAGGUAGCCAAUCACAUGUUUGGAUCUGUGCUGUGCUGUCCCGGAUGUUUCAGUUUGUACCGUUGUCAAGCCGUGCGCGAUAUUCUCCCGACUUAUUCAACCACUGUCAACGAAGCUUUCGAGUUUCUAACCAAAGAUAUGGGCGAAGACCGCUGGAUGUGCACGCUAAUGGUUCAGGCGGGCUGGCGUUUGAUGUACUGCGCAGCCGCAGAAGAUGUCACGUACUGUCCCAUGAACUUUGACGAGUUUUACAAGCAGCGUCGGCGGUGGAUGCCUUCUACACUGGCCAACCUGGCACUUCUAAUCAGCGAAUGGCGAGUGACGCUAGGAAACAACGAACACAUCUCAGUCCCUUUUAUCAUUUUCCAGCUCUUCCUCCUAGUCUCCACCAUCAUAGGACCAUCGACUGUUAUUCUUGUGAUUGUGGGCGGUAUGGUGUACGGUGUUGGCGCCAAUGAGAACACAUCAGUCAUUCUCCUCUCCCUCAUCACCCUGACGUACGGGCUCAUUUGCCUCUUUAUGUCGCAAGAUUUCCAGCUCAAAACUGCCAAAUUCCUGACCUUCGUGUUCGCUGUAAUUAUGAUCCUGGUCACCAUCGGCGUCGCGGCGCAGAUCGCCAACGAGCUUGAAGUGCGAAGGAUAGUUAAACAGACCCCAACCAUCCCUCCAAACAGCACGGUUGCCACACCCACCGUGUCUACAAGCGUGGAGCUAAUGUUGCCUGCUGGUAUCAGCACGCUGUACCUCGGUGGACUAGCAGGGAUCUUCAUGGUGGCUGCACUGAUGCACCCGACCGAGGCGUACUGUCUGAUCAACGGCCUGUGGUACUUGCUGUGCCUACCAUCCGGAUAUCUGCUGCUGACCAUAUAUUCUGUGGUCAAUAUGACCGAUAGAUCAUGGGGGACCAGGGAGGGGAAAGCAGCCGUCGCAAGCGGCCAAAAGCCAACUGCGUUUCACGAGCUUUGGUUUAUCCUAAAAGAACGUUUCUCCUGCUGCUGCGAACCGUUGAUGAAGGCAAUAGCUAGAAGGAGCACAAAAAGCACAACUGAAGCAAAAACAGAGGAGGAGAAAAAAGAAGAAAAUAUCGAUGAGAAGGAAAAAAAAAGGAAACCGCGUCAACGGAGACGUGCACAAACUCCAUAUGAAGACGAAUACUCAGACGAUGAGAGCUCCGGAAUCGAGACGUCGGCAAUGAGUGACAAGGAAGGACCACGAUACCGACCCGCGGGGAGGUGGGACAGCAACCUUGCAUAUGACGAUGGUUUUGACAUGGGGAGCAGGACGUUCUCCAGGAUGAUGGAUCCGCGAGGUGUAAUGGCAAUGAGGCGCCAAAGUUAUGCAUCCAUCUUCAGCGAUCAAGUGCCUCCUUAUUCCACAGUUCAUGGAAAUUUCCUUGAACCGCCACAAAUACGCCUUAGCACUUCGUCCAGUCCGGUCAUUUCGCGCGAUAGAAGCACGAAGGGAAGCAGGUUAAAUGGUGAUCCGACGAGUGAACAUGACCUGGCGGACUUCGAGAGUUCUCGAGAACUUUUAGCACCUGGAGAGCGACACUCAACUGUUCCAUCAAAAGCGGCAUGUGAAUACCCUGGGCCGCGUGCCAAACGGAACUCAGCUCCUCCUGAUUUGCAACCUACGACUAGUAACGGCAAUAGCCUUUCUAAGCAGAGCGCUUCUCAAGAGUCUGCGUAUGUGUCCGAGGACUCGCGUAACACUCUACCGCAGAUGAGCUCGGGAUCAAUAGCUGGGAAUGGUGGGCGUCGCCAUACUAUGCAGUCGUCUAUGACUGCCCCAUCAGUUGACGAGCUGCGAACGUAUGACUUGGACAUGAUUGUGGAAGAAUGGCUCAAGGGAAACAUGAAGGUGUACAUUCCGUUAUUCAAAGAACACGGUUAUGACAAUUUAAAGUUCAUCAGUACAAUGACAGAAAAGGAUUUGGAGACUAUCGGUAUCACUACACGUGGUCACCGGCAGAAACUCUCUCGUCACCUGAAAAAGAUCCCUAAAUUGGAAAUCGAUGAGGGUGUGCCGGACAACGUACAGCAAUGGCUUGAAGACCUCAGUCUGGGUCAAUACUGGCCUCACUUUGUCGAUAACAGCUAUACGGAGCCGAGUGAUCUUGAAGAUGUAAAAAGCAUGGGGAGAGAUCUGGUCCAAGAGACCUUCCGUGUGCACAAGAUGGCGCACAUUAACAUCCUUUGGCAGGCGAUCAGAAAGCUGCAAUACCCCAAUACUGGCCAAGUAAAAAUUCGCCAUGCUCGACGUCAGCUCGACCGCUGCCGAACAAUUGAUCUCGAGGUGGACAAUAGCGACGAUGGAGCUGAAUAUGAUUUCUGGGAUGGCUUAAGAGAAGCCUGUCUUAAACCGGAACUCGCCGGAUUCGACGGUAACACAGAACUCAAAGACAAACUAGAAGAUCUGAGGAAUACGACCCUUAUGGUCUUUCUUAUUAGCAAUGUGUUAUGGAUGAUCGUCAUAAUGGUCCUUGUAAAACACUCCAAUUUGAAACUUCUAGGCGUGGACUUUGUUGGUCUCAUGUUUCUAUCCGUCUAUGGAACGAUUAUUUUGUUUCAGUUUAUAGCGAUGCUCGCUCAUAGGUUGACUACCUUGAUACAUUUGCUGGCACGAGCGCCUUAUAUAUGUGGGGUGCAGGAGGAAACGACCGUCGUGCAAGUAGACAAUUUGAACGAGCAACAUUUAACACUUUCUUCACCUGAAACUGUUGAAGAUUGUGAAACAAUCAAUGAAUGUUAGGGUUUUUAUACCUCUGAACAAUUUGCUUUGAUAGAUGCUUUUCUAAAUAUGGCCGAAUCAAAAUAGUAUGUCAGUUAGGUUAUUGAUAUAUUUUGUUGCACGAUGUUCCUGAAAUGAAAAAUGUCUAAGUAAAUAAAUUGGACUGAACAUCUUA